GAAGUUGAGGAAGUCGUGUAAUAGAUCGGGGAAUGAAGAGCCCGUGUUUGUUCCAGCGGUGUGACGCUCCAGAGUUCGGGAAGCGUCAAUAAAACCGUCCUGACACUUAACACACACACACACACACACACACACUCACUGGCGCACUCUUAUCAGGACUGUGGCUCAAGACUGGAUCAGGACUCUUCUGCAUUAUGCACUCGGACUGCAGGCUGCUGGGAUGGACGCGUCGGUAAAGGAGGGCAGAGGGACCGGAGGGGCUGCGGUCUUCAUCCUGAUCGUCUUCAUCCUUCUCCUCGGUGCCAGAAGCUCGCGGGCGCAGAAGGGGGACGGCUGUGGACACACAGUGCUGGGUGUGGGCAGUGGGAGUCUGGCGUCUCUGGGGUACCCUCUGUCCUAUCCCUCAAACUCUGUGUGUGAAUGGGAGAUCAGCGUGAACACCACACACACAAUCCUUGUGCGCAUUGCGGAUCUUGACAUAGACACAAACAACUGCCAAGUUUCUUACCUGCGACUCUAUAAUGGCCACGGACUGGGGAGAACGGAAAUUGUGAAGUAUUGUGGAGGGAUAAAAUGGAGAGACGCUGUCAUACAGUCGGAGGGGCAUCAGGUCACAGUGCAGUUCAUGAGUGGACCACACAACAACGGCCGUGGCCUCUUCCUCUCCUACACCAGUAGUCAGCAAACAGAUCUCAUCACCUGUCUGGAAAAAGGAGAGCACUUCAGUGAAGCGGAGUUCAGUAAAUUCUGUCCUGCUGGAUGCCUGACUGAUUUCGGAGAGGUUUCGGGAACCAUACCGCAUGGAUACAGAGAUUCUUCUCCUCUCUGUCUGGCCGGUGUUCAUGCGGGUGUGGUCUCCAACACACUGGGGGGGCAAAUCAGUGUGGUCAGCAGCAAAGGCAUCCCACACUACGAAAGCUCGCUGGCCAACAAUGUGACAUCUGUGCCUGGAAAUCUCUCCCCAAGCCUCUUUACCUUCAAGACUAGUGGUUGCUAUGGCACUUUGGGUUUGGAGUCGGGGGUGGUCAGUGACUCUCAGAUCACAGCCUCCUCAGAAUGGGAAUGGGGCGGUCAUGGGAAGGAGCCCUCUGUCUGGGGCCCCACAGGGGCUCGCCUCAAAACAUCAGGACGUCCGUGGGCUGCAGCCAACAGUGACAUAAAAGAAUGGAUUCAAGUGGACUUAAAGAAGGAGAAAAAAAUAACAGGUAUAACCACCACUGGCUCCACCCUCCAAGAAUAUCAGUUUUACGUUUCGGCCUAUGAGGUGUUAUAUAGCCAUGACGGACAGCAGUGGAAACCCUAUCAAGGUGGAUCAGAUAAAAAUAAGAUUUUCCAAGGCAACACCAACUAUCUCCAGGAAGUGCGGAACAACUUUAUUCCUCCAAUUGAAGCGCGCUUCAUCCGAAUAUGUCCCUUGCAGUGGCACCAAAGGAUCGCCCUUAAAAUGGAGCUGCUGGGCUGCCAACCUUAUGCAGCGUGGCCAGGAACCUUCCAUCCAGCCCCUCCUCCCCCUCGCAGAAAAAGCACAGUGCCCCCACUACAGGAGAGGACGACACACACACCCAACAUCCGAAACACCACCAUGCCUCCACACUCUCACGAUGAGGUGGCGCUGGUGGCAGUGUUGGUUCCUGUAUUGGUGGUGGUUCUGACAACGCUUGUGUUAGUCAUGGUCUGCUCGUGGCUGUGGAAGAACAGGAAAAGCCCAGAGGUGACUUAUGACCUUCCACACUGGGAGCGCACAGUGUGGUGGAAGAGUAUGAAACAGUUGCUGCCCUCAAAGUUGGAUGGAGAAGACUGUGUUCGUUACAGUUCCACAGCAAGAGUAGACCACCAGAGACCCCAGGUGGAGCUUGCAGAAUACGCCCAACCACUUGUCACUGGUACAAUGGCCUCUCUUGGACAAAGGUCAACGUUUAAGCCCGAAGAAGCUGAUCCCCCUGAGUAUGAUGCUCCUAUCCCCCCUGAACAUUACCAUGCUUACGCUGAGCCCCUUCCUGCGUCUGGCACUGAAUAUGCCAUGCCAAUCAUGAUUGACAGGGCUAACCACCUAUCAGGAGGCACUCUACCAUUCAGGGGGCGUGGUUUAGUGGCUCGGACAGACAGCAGCCAAUCGGCAAGCUCAGCCUAUGACACACCCAAGAGCACAUCUGAUCAAGCCACACUCACAGAUGGACAGUUGUACCAAGUGCCACAGAAUACCCACAAUGCACCAUGUCAGAAAAAAGACUGACCAAUCGCAGAAGAGCAGACCCUUUUGGAAGCCCACGGCUGAACACUACCUUUCCAAGAAAUCAGCAGAUCAGAUCAGCAUUUGCCGUCUCAAAUUGUACGCCGCGCAAGUCCUAUCACUGAAAUAACACACAGGAAUGUCAGGAGAGAGAGACAAGCAGCGAUCUCGUUACACUACUGUGUUUUGUGUGUUCAUACGUCUUAAUGUGUGUGUACGAGUGCAUAUACGUGACUGUGCUCUGCUAUCAAACUGUGAGUCCUUAGAUAUCUGUGCAUUUUUCUGAGAGCGGAGAUGUAUUCGACUCGAUCGCUCGUUGUAAGGCACAUUUUUCCCUUUAGGCAAAGAUAGUUUAAACAAAACCGCCCUCACGCAGAAUAGCAAAUGAUCGCAUUUCAAAUGAAUAGACACUCUCAUAACACUGUGAUUCACUGUCAUUUUGCACUGUUGUAUUGUAUUCUGCUGUUACAUAGGUGCCUUCUUUGUGACAAAGCAACACAAGCCUUUGCUGGUUUCUCUAGUUCUGCUCCAAAACCUGAUGAGUUAACUUGCUAUCUAAACUGCCUACAUAGACUCCUGCCUUAGCUUUGCAGCAUACUAACUUAUAGGGGUGCACAUCUGACUGGUUUUAUUAGCCAAAUUAGCCAACAUUAGCCAGAUACAAUAUUUUCGAUCUGGUUACAGUUUAAUAGAUUCAGGUAGCUGUGGAUGAUCUAUCAAGAGAAUGAUAUUAUGUGCCAGUUUUAUUUUUUUUAUUUAACUCACAAAUGCAGCCAAAAUAUAAUAAUUGAAAUGGCAAAUUCUGUAAUAAAGUCACACCGGAAAUCAUCAGUCAUCUGAUGACAGUUCAUCAUUGGCUUGUGAAAUUAUAUAAACCCUGAAAACUGUCAAGAAAGUCUUUCAGUCUUCUGUGUAAAUCUAGUGUUCAAAAUUCUAGAUUAGGUACUCAGUUGUUGAAACAAUGGAAAAAAAGUCAAAAAUACAGUUUUAUAACAGUCAAAACAAGUUUUCUAGUAUAUCUUAUAGAUAUAUACAAAUAUUUUUUUUUCUGUGUUGCAUCAAUGCACCAUAUCAUUAGUCACUGACUUAAAGCUUGAAUACACUUUUUUCUAAAUUUUUGCCCUAAUUUACAGUCUUGACAAAUCUGUGCUAGUUGCUGAAAGUCAGUCAGUCUGCAGAUUUAAGGUGACUGAUUUCACUUAAAAUCAUAGUUUACAAUGACCAUAGACUGGCAGGGAUGCCCAGUUUUUCCUCUGUAACCAAGUUAGCAAAUGUAUGAUGCCUAGUGUUUAAAAAUCUGUUUAGAUUUGAAAAGUCUUGUAGUCGUACCCAGCUAGCAUGUUACUAGAUAAUGUUUAGCAUGUUGCUAAGCUAACACCUAAGCACAAAAAUCUAUUUUACACAAAUACUGGGCAAAACAGUCAGUUUUUUAAUGUAUAUUUAACAUAACAUUAUUGAAUGAAUGGGUUAUUUAUUAUCAUCAAAGUAUUUCUCUCCUCUUGGAUGAUUUUUUCACUAAACUCAUUGCAAUGCAGUCUGCUUUUUGGGGGAGAUCAUUUGAUGCCUUAAAAUGCUGUCUUGCUAGGUAGCUCACAAGGUUUUGGAACAGAUGAUGGUUGUGUGCAUUGUUCAGUUAAGUCUCAAUAAAUUUAAGUAGGACAGACUGACAGACAUUUAUUAAGUGCAGGAACUAGCAAGGCCUUUCUUACAAAUAACGUUACAACAAUGGUGCUGGUGCUGCAUUUUCAAUUUCCAUGGAAAAGUCAUCCGUGCAUGACUGCACAUAGACGUUCAUGCCAAAUAUAUUAUUAGUCAUGCGCGUCAAAACCUGUGCCACGCAAAAAUCCAUUUUAUUUUUCCUGCUGAUGUGUCUUAAUACUAAUAUUAAUACUCCCAAACCACUAACAGGUCGAGUUUAAGCUACCAAGCAUGCACUGCUCACAUAGUUGCACUGUCCUAAUGGAUACUUUACCAAAUGUGACCCUUUAGUGGUCAAAGGUUAAAGAGCAAAACAGGAUGCCGACAUUCUUGCCUAUAACAGGAUUCACUCUGUGCCAAGUCUUUUCUUUAUUAUUAUUGUUGACUUGAAGACCAAAUAACCUGAUGGAUAAUCAAUCCUAUUAUCCAUUUGAUUUAAUGUUAUCAGACCAAACAUUGCCUCACGCUAUGGAUUUUGGAUACCAGGAUGUUGCAUGUUCAAAGUUAAAAUAGUACACUGUUAUGUUUGUCAUUUACAAUAACAUUAUAAGACGUAUUUCGGUACUUGCAUUAGUUUACUGGCUUAAAGCAAAGAAAUGUCCACAGUGGCGGUGCUAUGGACAUGCCUGUAUGUUUCAGUGUCUUUGUGUGCUUUAAAGUGUACCAGAUUCAGUCGUGUAUGUUUAUAUCUGCUUGUAGUUCUUGAAAUCUGUUCUAUCUAAUGUGUUUCUGUGCACUGUAUCCACAAGCCUGUGUGUGUGUGUUCAUGUGUGUCUGCUGAUCACUGUGCAUCUGUCUCUAAAUGAUGAUUGGUACUGUAGAUUGAUUAUAAAGAAAAACAAUUUAAAAAUGUUAAACUGAAGUUUUAUUAAAAAUAAAAUGUGAUUUAAAAAAA